GGCAGCGCUCGCGUCGCCAUGGCAACAGGAGUCUAUUUUGCGCUGGGAACACACAGCUCCCGCCGCAACGCCCCCCCCACCCCGCCCCUCAACCCGGGCUGAGGGGGGCGGGGGGCGCAGGGCACACACAGAGCUCGGACCGACAGAGGUCUGCAGCCAGCAAGGCUGGGAGAGCCGUGCAGACAGGGACGUGGAGCCCGAGAGGUGGAGCGAGGGGGACGCGUGGACCGGGAGACGGAGACAGGAUGUGGGGAUACAGAGGCAGGCGGGCCGUGGGUUGCAGGGAAAUGCUGGCACACAGGAAACUGAGGCCCAGAGAAGGGGACCGCGAGAAACAGAGCCGCGGGACAGAGGCCCGGAGACGCAGGGAGGCGACGAGACCGAGAGAGCCUGGCGGCCCCGCCGACCUCCUGCACGCCUCAUGCCGGCCCUCCUGCCGCUCUGGACUCUGCUGCUCCUGGCCUCGACCGCCGGCCCGGCCGCCGCGCGCCCGUCCAACGCCACGAGCGCCGCGCCCCCGGGCCCGCUGCCCGCCCUGCUGGCGCACCUGCGGCGCCUGACCGGGGCGCUGACGGGCGGCGGGGGCUCGGCGGGCCCGGGGCCCAACGGCACCAGGACCAGCGCGGCGAGCGGCGCGGGCGCGGCGGCGCGGGCGCCCCCUCCCGCCGAGCUCUGCCACGGCUACUACGACGUCAUGGGCCAGUACGACGCCACCUUCAACUGCAGCACCGGCUCCUACCGCUUCUGCUGCGGCACCUGCCACUACCGCUUCUGCUGCGAGCACCGCCACAUGCGCCUGGCGCAGGCCUCCUGUUCCAACUACGACACUCCGCGCUGGGCCACCACGCCGCCGCCGCUGGCCGGGGGUGCCGGGGGCGCUGGGGCCGCGGGCGGGGGACCCGGGCCCGGCCAGGCCGGGUGGCUGGAAGGCGGCCGGGCUGGGGGCCCGGGAGGGCGUGGGGGCGAGGGCCCCGGGGGCAGCACGGCCUACGUGGUGUGCGGGGUCAUCAGCUUCGCCCUGGCCGUGGGCGUCGGAGCCAAAGUGGCCUUCAGCAAGGCGUCCCGUGCGCCCAGGGCGCACCGGGAGAUCAACGUGCCCAGGAAGGCUGCCAAAGGGACAGGGUCCAGGACCAGGUGGCGGAUGCGGGAAGGACCACAGAAAGGGGCUCUGGUGGACAUUCUGAGACAUCAGGCGGGGCCUGGGACCCGCCCCGACCGGGCGCGAAGCAGCUCCUUGACCCCGGGGGUCGGGGGUCCCGACAGCAUGCCCCCGAGGACGCCCAAAAACCUCUACAACACCGUGAAGCCUGCCAAUCUCGAUAAUCUGCGUCACAACUACCCGCACCUCAACAUGAACAGCCCCAAGCACCACGCGACCAUGCUGGACUGGCGGGCGGUCCCGCCACCCAGCCCCUCCUUGCACUACUCUACGCUGUCCUGCUCUCGGUCCUUCCACAACCUCUCGCAUCUGCCCCCAUCCUACGAGGCUGCUGUGAAAUCUGAACUCAACCGCUAUUCCUCCCUCAAGAGGCUGGCCGAGAAGGACCUAGAUGAGGCCUAUCUGAAGCGCCGGCACCUGGCCGAGGUGCCCCGCGGGACGCUGCCCCUGCACGCACUGCGGCGACCUGGCACAGGGGGUGGCUACCGCAUGGAUGGCUGGGGCAGCCCCGACGAGCUGGGCCUGGCGCCUGCGCUGAACCCGCGGCGCGUCAUGUCCCAGGAGCACCUGCUGGGCGAUGGGGGCCGGUCGCGCUACGAAUUCACGCUGCCGCGCGCGCGCCUCGUGUCACAGGAGCACUUGCUCCUGUCGUCGCCGGAGGCCCUGCGCCAAAGCCGCGAGCACCUGCUGUCACCCCCGCGCAGCCCCGCACUGCCCCCCGAGCCCACCGUCCGCGCCAGCCUGAACGCCUCCCACUCCAACCUGCUGCUGGGGCCGGGAGGGCCCCCCACGCCACUGCACGGGCUGCCGCCGCCACCUGGCCUGCACGCUCACCACCACCACGGCCUGCACGGCUCGCCACAGCCCGCCUGGAUGUCCGACGCGGGCGGGGGCACGCUGGCCCGCAGGCCGCCCUUCCAGCGCCAGGGCACCCUGGAGCAGCUGCAGUUCAUCCCCGGCCAUCACCUGCCCCAACACCUGCGCACCGCCAGCAAGAAUGAGGUGACUGUGUGAAGCUGGGCCUGGGGGCUGGGGCUGCUGCCCUGUGGGCCCCCAUCGCAGCAGGGUUCCCUCCACACACUCCAUGGGUCUGGGACCCCGAGCGGCCUGUGGCCAGGGGCUGCUGCUGAGGACACUGCUUGGGAAGAAGUGGUCACUGGAGACAUAGCCUCCUUCUGGGAUGUCACAGCAGACAAGUUCCUCCUCCUGUCACUCUUUGAGGCGAGGCCUGCCCAAGGUCAUCACUAGAGGCCAUAUCUAUGUUCCCGUGGUAUCAUCAGACUUCCUGUGGUGUCAGAGACGAGACAAUGCCUUGUCCUAUGACCUCAUCCCCAGGGAUAAAGGUUUCUUCCCGUGGUGUCACUGGAGAGACAAAUCUCUCCCUUACGAUGUCAUCUCUGGCACCAAAAAUUCUACUUCAUCAUCACCAGGAAAUUUUCUUCCAAAGAAGAUGCCUCUGUCUAUGCUAUUGUCACUACAGACAAAGCCAUCUUCCAGGGCACGUGCAGGGGAAAACCCAUCGCUGACCGUGUCUUCACUGGACAAAGGGCCUCCUUCCCCUAACAGUGCCACAGGGCCUCCGCCUCCCUCUCAUGAUGCCAUCUCCAGAGAAGGUGCCUUGCCCUGUGACAUUGUCAGAAGGCCUGUGCCUCUUCCGUGAUGUCACCGCUAGAGAUGACAGCCUGCCUCUGGGGCAUCUCCGGGAUGAGGCCCCUUCUGCAGUGUCACCACCGGACUUGGUCUGCUCAAAGAGGAUGCCAUAAGACAUGUCCAUAGUCCAUGACAGUCUUGCAGGUCACAGAGAAAGAGCACUGUCCCGAGAAAUCAUCUAAGGGGUGUCACCACUGUGGGGGGAGCUGCCCUAUCUGGACAGGUCUCCACCAGAGAUGAUGGUCUGCAGAUAGGCUGUCAGCAGUGGCCCAAGUCAGAGGACCUGCCCCAGUGCUGCGGUGUCAUCACAAGGGCUGCUGCCCACUCUGGGGGGCCGCUGCUUGUGCCGGUGUCAUCUGAGUCUCCGCCUGGUCCCACGUGCAACAGCCUGGCCACCCCUUCCCCUAACUCCAGGGAUGCAGGAGGUCCGCCAGACUCUCCAUCUAAAGGGAGCUUGGCCUUGGGUCCCACCCCUGUGCAGUGAUGUCACCUCCCAUGUGUCUCCUUGAAGACAGUACUCCCUGGCUGGCCUCUGCUCCCAAAAAGGUCACUCUGGCCUGCCAGGCUCCUGGAGUCCUGGGGCUUACAUGUGGCUCAAAGGCUGCCAUCACUUCUCUCUGCUGUAACUACCAACAUCAUUGCCUCUGUCAACAAAGCCUGGGCCUCCUGUUG